AUGAGUUGGCGUACUAGGAAGGCGUCCGGCAAUGUUCAGUGCAUUUCACAUGAUGAAAGUAUAACAUUCGAUUGCUUAAGUGCGGAUGCCCAAAAUACCGUUUUCUGCUUUUUGGGUUCCACAGAAGUUGAUAGCAAAGAUAUUGAUAAUAUUGGAGCUGUUCGUCAGUUAUGUGGCAGUCGACGUCGAAGCUUAGUGUUUUGUCGAGCAUGUGGCCUUUUCAGAUUUGGUAGAUGGCUUACUCCUAAGGAAAAGCGUACGAAGCAGUGGGUUGCCAAUUCAUUCUUUUGGCAACACACCACUGGCAGAUUAUGUGAAAAGAAAAAUUGGCUUUUAUACAAGUUGUCGAGUUUGAAAUGGACACGAACGUUCGAGUUGGUAGUAAUGGUCAGCGAUGAAGGUGCUUUGAAAUUUAAUUUUUUUAUAAAAGAUAGUGCGGUUAGUCAUGAAAGUGAUAUUUAUAAUGUGAAUGAUUCAGUCGAUGUCAAAACUGUUAUCGCGACGUUUUUUCCUCGCUUGGUACGGGCUCCUAUUUCUUCAGCAGCACUUGCAAUAAAGAUGAAAGAGAAUAUUGACGGAUUUUUCGAAAGUGUAAAGCGCGAACCUGUAAAAAAUUGGAGGAUUUCUACUGGAAAUAUUGUUGCGGUACUACGACCUUAUCAAGAAGAUGCAAUACGCUUUAUGAUUUCACGUGAAGAUCCUAAUCAACAGACCGUAUUUGGGGUAGAAGAUGAUUUUGUUGAAUUGCCAACUACACCACGAAUUCUGUAUUCACCAGUUACUGGGUUUAUGUCACGACAGUUACAUAAACCAUCAUUCGGCAAAUGUCCUCCAGGUAUUUUUGGAUAUUUACUUGAAAAAACAGGUCGAGGCUAUAUUAUCAAAGUAAACAUGCUUUUUUUUGAUUACAAGCUGAAUUCUACAGUAAUCAUUUCGAUCCUAAAAUAA